UGAAAACGAUGUAGAAAGUUCAAAAGAAGAAAAAAGAAAGAAUAUGACAUCUAUAUUUAGUGACGAUGAGGAGAUGAAGGCUUCUCGGUCUCUUACACUGUAGUUCGAGAGUGAAAUGUUCUUGAUGCCAUUAAAAAAAAACGUAUAUUGAGUCCCUGUGUAUAAUAGGGUUCCCUUGGAAUUUUCGAUUCUUGAAAAUCGAAAACUCAUUCACAAUUAUUCACACUCUUCCAGCAAUAGCACCUCUUAUUUGGACUACUCUCCGGACUAUUGGACACCUUCACAUAAAGUAAGUCGGUCUGAAACAUAGUGAUUCUGAAACGCCAGUUUGCCAAAUGCCAAGCAAAUUCACAAAAACAGGAAGUUGCGGAUAUACUAGACUCGCUCGCGGGCCGUCCCUCUUUGUAGCUACUCAAUCAAACUAACAACGACAAUAGAGCAUUGUAGUGAAUGCAUUCUUAAAUCUUGACAAGAGACCAAUGUUUGGGUUUCAUCCUCUUCUCAGAUUUCUCAUAGAUGAAACCCCGACAGCUUUCUCAGGAGAUCCCAUUCGAGGAUGGCCCGAGCACAUGUUCGAGGCCCAGUGUCUGACUAUAAUGGUACAAGGGCUGGGGAAGGGGAAGAGCUCUUGUGUUCCGAGUCCUAUCAUUGAGAAAGAUAACAGAUCUCGUACGAUGUUAAAGCUUGGACUCUGACUAUAAUCAAAGAGAAGAUAAUUCUCAGUCUUGUAAAGUGAUAGUGUGUAUUGAUUGCUUUCUUCUGAUUAUAUUGAAUCAGAUGAAAUGCAAUGCGAGCACGGAGGAAGUUCCUCCACCCUCCCGCCACCGGAUUCCACCCACGCAAGAGCUUUCCUGUUCCGAGUCCCGAAUUCCCAAGCAAACAACAUAGACUCGUAUGAUCCUAAAGCCUGGGCUAUUACCUCUAUUCAAAAUGAUUCGACAACAUUUUCCUAUGCAAACUAUUGCCAAGAAUCACAAUUCGGGGUCUAAAAACAUGUAACCCAACCGACUUGUGCCGAUGUUCCGCCCAUACAUCGUGACUGUCUGCAGUGUCACCAAAUGACAACAGCGACAUUCAUCAUGCACUUUGAUCUGGGCUCAUUAACUACUAAGGCCACACAUGGAACGUCAAUGAUGGUUGACACCGGCGUUGGUCAGAGUCAGAGUCAGAGUCAGAGUCAGAGUCAGAGUCAGAGUCAGAGUAAGAGUAAGAGUAAGAGUAAGGACAAGAGCAAGAGCAAGAGUAAGACGGCAGGAUCCUCCACGAUCUUACAAGAGAACACAUUGGGAGUCACUAGCAUUGCAGUAGAAAGCUCGUGGAAGCAUCCAUAUCUGUAA